AUGACUUUUCAGCUGGUUGCCGCACACCUACCCAUAGAACUCCUCCUCAUGGUACUGAAGGAAUGGAUUGGUGCGCAGCGUGUCGUGGUAGGCAAUAUUGGUAGUUUGGAUUAUACCUUGUCCUACAGCAACCCCGACAACCCUAGCCUCCUUUUCACCAUCCCCAAACCCCUUCUCAGAGAUUAUGUCCGCCAAAGAAUUCAUGCUUGGUCAACAGACACCAAGGAAUUUGACGACCCACCAACCUUCUACCUAAGCCAUCUCCUAACAUCCUUGAAAAUGCCAGACAACCGUCUAGCAUCCUACGACGUAUCCUCGCACUCUCUAAACCCCAUAUCACGGGAUCCCAACCUCACACUCUCAACAACCUCCCCCAUCAAUAACAUUCACAAGCUCCGAAACAUACUUUUCCCUUGCCUGCCCCCCACUCACGGCUUCGAGAAGAUAAAACUAGACUUCACAGCUGAACAGUACUUUGCGCUCUUCGACGUGCAGGUACCGCCAUUCCACUACCGCGACGACACCGUCACGGGCGACAACCUCUACCACGACGACCACUGCCACUCCGCCGGCCUCUUCCUCGCACACACUCACGCCCUCGAGCUGCAUUUCGGCUCAGCCUACAAGUCCAGCAACCCCUGGUACAACGUCACGGAACCCGCAUGGUGCGCCCCAAAUCCAGCUUGGUCCUACGUCGAGGCUAGACUCCGCCCUCAUGUCUGCGAUAGCGGCAUGGUUGUCGAUUGGAUACUGGAGUAUGCGUGGUAUGCUGGGUACCUUCAACGUAUACGGGACAUUGAGUUGAGCGGGGAUGUGCAGGGAUGGGUCAGGGAGAAGUGGUAUGAUAUUUUUCGACGGCACGCUGGUUACGUCGAAGCGCAUCCGGGAGAGCACGUUGGUAUUUUCGCUGUACAUGAGCCUGAUCCUAUAGAGUUGGAGAUGAUUGGUAUGACUGAUGAUGGCGAGGAGGAUGAGGAGGAUGAGGAGGACGAGGCAUGGAUGCCGAGAAAUCACUAUCCGCCGCCAUGUACAUGUGAGAUUGGUUGCUGGCGCCUACAAAAUGGCAAAAUCGAGGAAGAGAUAAAGGCGAAGACUUGGGAAGACUUUGAGCAGUAUGGGACAGAGGUGGUGGGUGAUUGGAUGGUUGGCGUUGAGCUGGGACCUGUUGUGGACUAG